ACGAGAACAGCAAGAAAGUUGCUAAUGAUUAUCAAUUAAUUAAUAGCAAGUGCUUACCUUCAAUUGCUUACUGGGGGAUUAAAUAGGAAAAUCAAAUUUUGAAAGAUCCAGUCCUUCAUUUACGGUCAAUAUUGCAACACAUUAUCAAAAGUUUCGUUACGGUGUUUUUAUUUUUUUAUAAUGGUGCUUAUAAUGGUGGAAUUGACAACAAUAUUGUCUAAAAUGAUUUUUCGACAUUUGAAUUUUGAAACUAAGAUAAAAUGGGUAAACAGUAUCAGCAUAAUAUUGAUACAUUUGUUGGCAAUCUUAGGCUUUUUCACAUUUGACUACAUUACUAAAUGGAGAACUUUUUUGUGGGGUUUGUUCGUUGGUGGAUUGGGAGGAUUCGGAGUCACAGCUGGGGCUCAUAGACUCUGGUCUCAUCGAUCUUACAAAGCAAAGUUACCACUACGGAUUUUUUUAAUGCUUUGUUUCUCAAUAGCUGGACAGAAUAACCUGUACAACUGGGUCAGAGAUCACAGGGUUCAUCAUAAAUUCAGCGAAACUGUCGCAGAUCCACAUAACGCUAACAGGGGCUUCUUUUUCUCGCACGUUGGGUGGCUUAUGAUGAAAAAACACCCUCAAGUAAUAGAAAAAGGGAAGAAAAUUAAUAUGGACGACUUAUUCGAGGAUCCGGUUGCGGCAUUUCUUAUUAGGAAUUUCUGGUGGUUGAAACUAAUGAUGUGUUUCUUUGCUCCAUCGGUUGUACCUCACGUAUUUUGGGGUGAAACUUGGUACUGGUCAGUGUACUCUCAAGCUGUAUGCCGUUAUGUAUUGAACCUGAAUUUCACUUGGUUGGUAAACAGCAUUGCCCAUAUGUGGGGCAAUAGGCCCUACGAUAAAGCUAUUAGCCCUUCCGAAAACUUCGUUGUUUCCCUUUUAUCGAUUGGCGAAGGAUGGCACAAUUAUCACCACACGUUCCCUUGGGAUUACAGAGCAGCAGAAUUAGGAAAAUUCAGUGUAACAACCUUUUGGCUAAAUUUAUUUGCUAAAAUUGGAUGGGCCUAUGAUCUCAAAAUACCCUCAGACAAUUUAGUGAGAAUGAUAGCUGAAAAUCGGGGAGACGGGACUUAUGUAGCCAAUAAUCAUUUAGCCCAUGCAGAAAUACACGAUUUGGACAUUAAUGGAAACAUAAGGCUAAGAAGAACUUGAAAAUGGGCAAAAUAUUCUUAGAGAGAAAAAAAUUGGCAAACAUAGAAUGAUACUACGUUGCUAUUUUUUUAUAAAAAAAAGAACCUGUGUUCAACUAAAACUAGUCAUAAAUGUUAAGAUGUAAGGAAGCAGCUUUGACUUACGAUUUUAAAAAUGUAGAAAACUUUUUUAUAAAAAGACUGUAUAUUGUAUAAGUAUUGUUGUUAUCAUAAAUGCAUCGAGUAGUUAUAGGUAGGCGUUUCUUGUUUUGUCGAAGAAAUGAUUUCAUUUUUCAAUUAUUUUCUGACGUUCUUUCAUUAUGUAGUAACAUAUUUACAUAACAGUUAAAUUGUCUAACAUUAAGUAGUUGUACGUAAUAUGUAAUGUAUAAACAUUAGGCAUUAAAAUUCUUGUAUACGAACAUGUUCUUGAAGAACUUAAUAGUUAAUGUUAAACAUUAAACUGAAAUUAACUUUCAACCGUCUACAUAUUAUCUCAAAUUAAUGGAGAAAAAUUGUAACCCCCGUCACGCCCCCGCCGGGAAUCGAACCCGGUACUGUACUACUUGUGCGUAAAACCACGGGGUGCGGGUUCUAUUAACGAUCCUACGUGGUAGGCGAAACGUACAAAAACGUACUGUUCGUUUCAAGAAGUUAGAGAUAUGCCCCUUCCUUUUAUUAGGAUGCGCCGUGGC